AUGAAUGAGCUCCGCCUAGAGUUGGACGAAGCCAAGUUCACAACGAUCCUCAAGGAGCUCGUGAUUCUCCAUGACGUCAACCCGUCGUCACUCUCGCCGGCGCAGAUCAAACUAUUUAAAGAGGCCGGCGACGACCAGAGGCGCCGCCUCGUGCAGCUCUGGAGCAUCUUCCCGUCGUCGCUCUCGCCAGCUCAGAUCCAGCUUUUCAGAGAGGCUGGCGACGACCAGAAGCGCCGCCUCGUGCAGCUUUGGAGGCCGGCGACGACCAGAAGCGCCGUCUCGUGCAACUCUGGGGCAUCUUCCCGGCAACGGCGGUGA